GAGGCCGUGACCUCACGAACCGUCUGUCAGUUUGUGUUCUCCAGGUCUGGAAAAACCAGCGAGAUGAACCGUGUAAAUAACUCGGUGGGAUUUUUUUCCGCGCAAAAUUCUGCCGGUGCUGCACUGUGCACCUGGGGGUCACAUUACAGUGCUGCGCAGCCCAGGUUUUCCUGGAAAUAAUCGCAGCAAGAAGUAUUAUACCUUCGAGAUAAUUACAUGUAUUAAACUGUCAUAUCAUUUAUGUGAAUGCACCCUGACAAAUUGAUAACACCAGAUUGAAGGCCCCCCAAUAUGACCUGGGAUUAAAUUUCGUCCAUACGGCAAGACUCUGUGUACAUUUUGAUAAACGUCAAAGUAUCACUAAAGAUUUGACUUCUAUUUGUUGAAAAGUAGACUCUGAACUGCCUUUGUAAGACGAAGAGUUUCAUUAGUUUUUAUCUCCGCGUGGUAAAUAGACAGCCAGGUGACGUCAUGCUGUUUUGUGCUGUGGGCGCGCGUGCGUGAACGUUUGUGCACGGCCUAGCAUAGGCACAGCAAACACGGUCUGAAUAUCCUGCCAUUGUACAUACACAUGCACAUACCUUGCACACAAUGGCGGUAGCAGAGAUGGUAGACAAGGGCGGUCAAGUCUACCAAUUUUAACCAAUAUCUGGGGACUCAAUUCAAGGAAGAUGGCAAGGGAUGAUUUUCUAACAUCCAAGGCACAGACUGGCUUUGUGCAGUUCGACAGGGGUGGCUGGAGAAAGAGCGAGGAGGAUCCUUACGACAAACAGUCCACCAGCCCCGCUGGCGGGAGCGACAGCAGUCUUCCUAGCGCCACUGACAACGGGGAAGACAAGGUGAUUCACUCGGGACAUUUCAUGGUGAGCAACCCCCAUAAAAUCAAGCAUAAGCACAACAGUGGCGGGAAGAGUGGAUACAACUUUGCCAAUGCACCGACUGAGCCAAGCGCCAGCUACCAGUUUCUGGAAUUUGACGGGACGGGUUCUUCGGACAUUGAUGUCUCGUUUUCCAAGCUUUUUGAGUGCAUGAGUUUGGCCUACACAGGGGCAAAACUUGUUUCACCAAAAUGGAAAUCCUUCAAAGGAAUGCGAUUGAGCUGGAAGGACAAGAUCAGAUUGAACAACGCCAUCUGGAGAGAGUGGCACCAACAAUUUUGCAAGAAGAGAAAGCCCGUGGUCUGCCAGUUUGCCUUUCCUAUUGCCGAAAAUGCCCACAGCGCCCCCAGGGCUGUUGUCCUUGAGGGCAAGUAUUGGAAACGAACUCUGAGUACCGUGAUCCGGGAAUACCAGAAAUGGCGCAUCUUCUAUCGGAAAUUACACCAUUCAGCCUCACACGAUGGCAGGCCAGAGGUUUUCGACGAGGCAGGGUUAAUCCUCGACAAAGUGAUCGACAACUUUGGCUCGAGCAAGUCCCCAUCGCCAACACCAAUGAUUCUUGAUGAGGAAACCUUGCUGUCGGAAUUCAACGACACCCUCUUCUCUAGUCUCAGCCAGAAUCAGUUCCCUUUCCCCUUGCCUCGGGAACUCUUUCAUGUGGGAGUCAACCCAGAUAUCAUCCAGCCUGGUCUCAUUCAGCUGCAGCCCAACUUCCCGGAGGCUUUGGAUCCUUUUCCCGAUACGAAUGUGAGGCAAGCCAAUACAAACAGUGGUUCCGCAGCCCAGGGAACGUUUAUCUUCUCUGGCAAUCGAUUGCAGCAACAGGCACAGUCACUGCUGACAAAUGAAGCCGACACUGCAGCAAUCACAGAUGCGUCUACCCUGUUGCAACAACAGCAGCAACAGCAGCAGCAGCAGCAGCAGCAACUUAUCCCUACCUCAGAGACAUAUGAGGACACCAUCAAUCAGCUGGGUCAUGCACCGAUUGAUGUGCCAGCUAUCAACCAACAGGAUCUUGCCAUGCAAGGCCAGACGGUUCAGGUGCACCGACAAAACAGCCUCCAACAGUCGCUGCUGCAGCAGCCAGAGGCAAUUCAACAGCAGAUUCAGCAGCAGUCCUUGCAGCAGCAAGAAUCGCUUCAGCUGCAAAUUCAACAACAGCAGCAACAGCAGCAGGAGACACUGCAGCAACAGCUUCAGCAACAGCAGCAGCAAGAGACACUGCAGCAACAGCUUCAGCAACAGCAACAGGAGUCACUGCAGCAACAGCUUCAGCUGCAGCAACAGCAGCAACAUCAGAUUCAACAACAGCAGCAGGAGUCAGUACCACAGCAGAUGCAGCAGCAGGCUGGUAACACAAUCACACUGCCGCUGCUGCCUCAGGGUGAUAAUGGCACUGUGACACUGAACAAUAUCAUUGCUGCAGCCUCCUCACUGCAACAGCAGCAGCAGCAGCAGCAGGUGGUCACGUUGCAAGUUGGCAUGCAGCCUGCUGAACAGCUCCAAGCAUCGGUGGCAGGAGUGGGACAAACAAGUGCUGCUCAGGAUCAGACUAAUAGGAGCAAUGUAACCAUCAACCAGUUGACACAGCAGCAACAGCAGCUUUUGUCUGGACUGAAUUUCAUUUCAGUGGAUCAUAUCGUUCAGCAGCAACAACAGCAACAGCAGCAGCAAAACUUGACUUUUCAGAGUUUGCUGGCAAGCACCCAGAGCCAACAGCAGCCUUUGCCUCUGGGAGCAAACCCCCUUUCUGUCGAUGACACUCAAGCAGCCUUCAAACUGCUGCAGACUGUAGCCACGCAGGUGCCAAACCAGAACCAACCACUGCUCUUGCAGCAACAGAAGCAGCCACAGCAACAGCAGCAGAAUGCAAACAUUGGCCAGAUAACUGCUAUACCCGACAAGCCCGUGGCCUCCCAGGUAUUCCAGCAAAACAUGAUCACAUCCAACACCAUCAUACAACAGCAUCCUGCGCAGCAGCAACAGAUCAAGGUACGUCCAGCGUUAUCCCAGCAACCUGUACCCAUCCACCUCACGAGGGCCCAUGACCCCCAAGACCCACUCCCUGUCACCAAAAAAGCUGCUGCUUCCAAGGCCAGCUCUUCUGUCAAGAUCUCUCAGAUGGGAGCCAAGUCAAAGACGCAAGUGAUACGACCGAAGCAGCCGGCUAAGAUAGCCCCUGCUCCACCAGCUCCUCCAAGCUCCAGCAUCAGUGGAAGUCUAGCCAGCAGUGCUGCUCUGCUAACCCAGCUGCUGACACAAGGAAGCAUCCGGUCUCCCAGUUCCUCCGAUAUCCUGUCAGCUGCAUCCCCUGGGAACACGGUCAUGUUCCAGCCGGUGAAGACGGAAUACCCAGACACCACAGCGCAGCAGCAGUGCACGAUGACAGACUUUACUGCCAGCGUCCUUUCGUCCCAGUCAGUGUCAGUCUCUAGCACCACCACUUCAACAACUUCGUCAUUCUCUGCCAUCUUGUCCAGCGGGGAGAAUUCGGCCGGCGCUGGCCCGAGUUCUGUGGUUUCUCGGCCUGCCUCCCCAGUGUUCUCCGUUGGAUCCUCUGCAUCUCUGUUGGAGAGGAAAGACACGCACAUUUCUGCAGAACAGAAGAGAAGGGUGAACAUCAAGUCUGGCUUUGACACGUUACACAAGCUUAUACCAUCUCUCAGCCAAAAUCCCAAUGCUAAGAUCAGCAAGGCAGCGAUGCUGCAGAAAGCCGUGGAGUACACCAAGAAAGUCCAAGCAGAGCGUGCCAAAGUCAAGGAAGAGAUCGAUGUGCUUCAGCAAGAGAUUAAUGGUCUGAAGGCGGCAAUCAAUGAGAGCCAAAACCAACUUCCUGCCAGUGGUGUGCCUUUGUCAAGACAACGAUUUGAUCACAUGCGGGACAUCUUUGAUGAUUAUGUCCGUGAACGGACUGAGCACAAUUGGAAGUUUUGGAUUUUCAGCAUGAUAAUCCGGCCACUGUUUGAAUCCUACAAUGCGACCGUGUCCACAUCGAACACCGAGGAACUCUGCAGGACGGUAAUCAGCUGGCUGGACCAACACUGCUCCCUCCUUGCCCUGCGACCCACGGUCUUGUCUUCCCUGACACUGUUGGGUCGCACCACCUCCAUUCUCACUAACCCGACAGAGGUGCCCCAAGAAGCCGCCGAAGCAGUGAGCAAGAAGACAGACGCCAGCGGAGGGGACAAGUAAAGGACGGCAAGGUCUACAAGAAACAUAUGUGCUCCUUUUUUGUGCUUUGAAAGAUACCGCCUUUGUUUUCACUGGAUGUUGAAGUUAGCCAGUAUUGAUUGAGAAUGGAGAGACAGAGGUUGGGUGUGAAUUUACGGGUUUUGAUAACGAUUGAAGUUUGUGCUAUUUUUUUUUUUUUUGUUUUUUUUGUUGUCUAUCUCCAGCCGUGGAUAAUGAUAUUUUGGCCAAGGCUGGAACUAAAGAGGAGAAGAUGGUCUGCGUGGCAGUGUUGUGGUUAAGACCAUCACAAGACCUUUCACAAGACCAGACACACGUAACAGGGUGAACAUUGACCAAGGAAUGCUUUCGUUGCAGUUUAUUUGAAUAACUUCUGACUUGCAUUCAGGCUGGAUGUCUUGUGCUGGUCUUGUGGAGUCUUGCGAUGGUCUCGACAACACAGGUGCGCGGCAUUGGAGCAAGCCAAGAAAUCCAAUCAGCUUGAAGCCGUAUUGGCAAGGGGUGCCAAUCUUUCCAGUCUGAGAUUUGACUCUGACUCAUGUCCUGUCAAGCCCUUCUAGAACAGUGUGACAAAAGUAUGAAAUGUUGAGCCUAGGGGAGAGGCUCUAGUAUGUUGGUAAAACCAGUUUACCACAAGUUUCCCUCUCAGCACGAAUCCAGUUUGUAAAACGCAUAAUGUGUCUAAAAGACAAUAGCCCACAAUUUUGAAAAUCUGGUUUGAAUGAUAGAAGGGAAACAUAUUGGAUAAAAAAAAAACCUCAUCCAAUGUUGAGACAGUGUUGCCUACAGAUCACAAAAAGUUGUUUUACUUAAGGUGUCUGGGUUUUUAAAAUUUUGCGAAAGGGGCUUAUUUUACUUUCCUUCUUGGUUGUAAACAGACAAGUGGCUUUUAAGACGGUCAUACAUGAUUGGGCAAACCUGCCCACUCACGCAUCAUUGAUCAAGCAAGUCAAACACUAACUAAUAUUGUAAGUAUUUUUCCUCGGCAUUCUUGUAGGAACCAUUUUUGUUCCCAGUUACAAACAUGUCAAUUGAUUGCUAUGUACAGAAGAAUGUAAAUGCGGCACAUAGGAACCUUUCUUUUUGGAAAUAACUCGUCUGUUCAUUGUAGCAGGGUCUGUGAAUCUUUGACCUCCACUUGGGAAGAGAAACAACACUGUACAAACCCUAAACCAGACUGAGUAGGAGGCUAAGUUAUUUGGUUUUUAUUAAUAAGAAAAAUGGUUAGGUUUAGGAACUCAAGCUGAUCCGUGGUGCAUUUUUGUAAGAUAAAAAUUAUGGUGGUUUUGGCCAUAGCUGCGGAUAUUUGACUGACUUGUGUGCUAUAUCAUAAAGCAGAGCUUGUGUCUGGUACCUUGUGUCUGGUUUGGGGAAAGUUGGUCCAAAUUUUGGUCAUAACAUGGGGUCUGUAUUGCACAGCCUACUUUGUGAGGUUUUGCGUAUAUUACCUUUGACCCACCAGGAGUGGGCUUGCAACUGGAAAUACCAGUGAGCCGGAAAUAUGACAUGUACAGUAUGACUGUUUUUACUGGCCGUAAUCAGGCCAAGGAUUUUCCAAGAAGCCAUAAUUUAACAUCUCCAAUUUUACAAUUUGAGCUCUUUUCAAGCCUCAAAGGUUUUGAUCAGAGGCAUUACAGCAGCCGAUUUCACAUAUUGUGGCUCAACUACUUUAUAUCUCUGGGGUUCCCGGUACCUUGGUACUUUAAGGUUUGUAUGCAUAGCCGGGGUGCCCAAAUUUGAACAGAGGAGCUGGACCUUGUAACAAAGACCGUACUCGGAACAAAAACCGAGCUGGUAGGAAUCGCUCUCAUUUUUCAGCUGGCAUUAGCGUAGGUAACUCGUCAUUAUUUUGAAACGGUAUACCACUGUUUACAGCAUUCAGCGCCCGCAAAUUGUCAGCAGGGACAAAAGUACUCCAGUGAUGAGUGAUACAGUUCCGCUGCACGCUAAUCUGGCUGCAUUUGAAGAGAUAUCACUGCCAUUCAGCUACGCACUGAACCGGUUUCGGGAACAAAGGAAAUUACGCAACACUGCACAUAUAAAAGCUUUCUAUUCCACAGCAUCUGGGUCUACAGUGAGAGGUUUUGUCACCCUGUCUAAUUUUCA